AUGCUACCAAUAUCAAGCUGCCUCGCAUCAUUUGCACUUGUCACCCUAGCAACUUGCGCACCGCUAAGCGGUGAGCAAUCACUCGGUCCAAUUCCAGGUCAAACGCCCAUAUACAACGACUACCGUGGUAUCGUCGCGCCUUUUCCUGGCAACAUCAGUGGAGCAACCUUGCCUACAGCAAGGGCUACCGAGCUAUUCAAUGCGUCAUCCUUCACAGCUGCUGGCUACCCGAAUAACACUUAUGACCGCAUUGUCGAGAUUCGUGACAACGAGGCCGGACACUUGAACAUCUUCUACCGCGAGAUCAGUAACACAUCCAUCAAGCCAGGGCGCUGCGAGUACGAAUAUGGUUUCGAGAGCCAAGGAGUCGACUUCUUCCUUGCCGAGCAGACCUUCGUCGAGCUGAGCAGCAUCUCCUUCUUAUCCGGACUCGUCAUCCAAGCAGUCGAAGAUACCUCCCGCGCUGCCUUACUCGUCGUUGCUGCGGUCGAGACUCGUCACACCGCAUGGGCUCUGACCAACGUCUGGAACACCAAUCCCUUUGCCGGUCCCGCUGACACGGCCUAUCCAUGGCCAAACCAGAUCCUCGGGCUUACUGUGCAAUUCAUCCAGAAUGGAAGCUGCCCGAAAGAGAACCCGGCAUAUCCUUACCCGAGCGAUCAAAAAGCUGGCUUGUCCUUCAAUGGUACCUUCUCCACCGCUCACCCUGGCGACAAGAUACAAUUUGAGUUUCCACACGGCGAGCCUUGCUUCGAGGAGGACAAAGAGUACUAUGCUGUAUUCAUCCACGAACUCAACAAUGUCACCCAAGCAUUUGAUACCAAGACGGGUGUGUCGGAGGUUUCAGCAGCCUUUGACAGUAAUAAAGGCUUGAUCUAUGCGGUGAUUGCAGACAAGUCAGGUGCACCGGACCUCGAUAGUAUGCUAGCUGGGCCAUUAACGCUACUUCAGCAGCCUGCAUUACUGACGACCGUUAUCGGUGGCACUUGA